CCGUGGCAUUGUCGGAGGAGGCAGUUGGGAUGCAGCUCCGUCUGGGUGAGCUCUCGGCGGCCAACGCAGCCCACGACUCCAUUGACCUCUCCUGGACUGUGGAGGGGGGGACAUUCGACUCCUUCAUCCUCCAGUACCGGGACGCAGAGGGCAACUCCCGGGCGCUGCCUGUGGAUGGUGCCCUGCGCUCACUCCACCUCCAUGACCUGGCCCCCUCCCACAGAUACAAGUUCAACCUCUACGGCGUCUCCGGCCGCAAGCGCCUCGGUCCCGUCUCCACCGACGCCGUCACAGCUGCGGUGCCGACAGAGGAGGUACCCACCGCCCAGCCCAGCCUGGGGCAGCUCUCGGCCUCCAACGUCACCCACAACUCCAUCCUGCUCUCCUGGACUGUCCAGGCCGGGGACUUCGACUCCUUCCUCCUCCAGUACAAGGACGCGGAGGGCAAACCCCAGGAGCUGCCCAUGGAUGGGGGAUCCCGCAUGGUCACAGUCACCAACCUGGGCCCCUCCCACAGAUACAAGUUCAACCUCUACGGCAUCUCCGGGCGCAAGCGCCUCGGCCCCGUCUCCACCGACGCCACCACAGCGCGGCGGAAGGAGGAACCC